AUCACUGACAGCGCAUACACAAUCAUUCAAGUUUUAUUAUCCAGAAAUGGACGGAAAAAAAAAGAAGGCAAAAAUGAUAAAAGAGAGAAAGAGAAAACGAGAGAUUAUUAACCGUCGAAUUAAGCGCUUGACUAUUAAAUUUAUUUAGAGUUUGAAGAAAUAUUUUAUCUUGUGCAAUUUUCUUUGAUAUACGUAUAUAUAUGUGAUGAAAUAUGCAAGAAUUUAAUAUAUAAAACAAUAACAUGGGAAUGUCGAUAAUUGGUCACUAUAUGGACUGAGUAUGUGAUUUAUUACGAUGUAAAUGCCUCGAUGCGUCAAAUAAAUAUUGAUAAUGAGCAACUAUUGAUUCUAUUUCUCGCAACUGUCUACCUUCUCUGUCAUAUUACAUCCGCAUAGUAUGCAUACGCAAAUUUUGAUCAAUUUUCUAAUCACAAUGUUUGUUCUGACGUUGGCACAAAUAUUGAUAACGAACCACAUGUAACUUUUGACUCCAGAUUAUAAAAACAGAUUAUGUAACGCGCUCAGACGCUUAAUUUUUUUUAAGUCUUAUCGUACACGUAAUUUAUCAAAUUGUUUUGGCAGCGUGUAAAAUUACAUACUCGUAACAUAAAUGUUUAGGUUACGUACGAAUGUUUAAAUUAAUACACUUGAAUAUAUUUUUAUCAGAUAGCAAAUUAAUAAGCAGUAUGUCAGCAGAUUCGAUUCCAUUUAUUUACAGAUCUUGUUGCUAUGUAGAAAUUUACAUUAGUGAGUUUUUUACAUUCUUCUUAAUUUUGUGUUUUAUGACAACAGAAACACAGCAGAAAUAAAGCACGGUGUCUAUCAUUACGACGUUUAUAUCACAAUAUGCUAUAAAAAAUCGAUAUAUCUAAUAGUGAGACACAGUUUUGUCGCUCUCUCGUCUUGCAGCUACGAAUAUUGCUCGAUCUCAACCGGAUAUUAUUUCUUUACUUAUUUCUUUUCAACAAUUUUCAUUUAUAUUUCUAUUGAUAUGAUUUUUAUGUUUUUGUUCCAAAUGAAAGAUCUUACAAAAAUUGCUGAAAUUACAUUAUCAAUAUCCAUUUGCACUAUUUCAGAAUAUCAUCGGCGCUUACAAUCGGUAAAAAGACUUAAAACUUCGUUCUGAUAAAUUGCCCGACAAGCACGGACAAGUCAGAAUCUGCUUUAACUAUGCACGAUUUCAUUUGAUAAUACGUAUGUAUUCUUGAAACGUCGGUCAGCGCUGGCUAUCGGAAAGCAGAAGAGCUGCUUUCUUUGUGCUACUUUUUAAAGGAAACACGUUACUGUAUGUGAUAACGAAGACGAAUUUUGAGACAAAGCAAUUAAUUUUAUUUUAGAAAAUCUUAAACUGUAAGUUACAUAAUACUGAUAUCUUCGAAACUUUUUAUAACUUUUGUUACGAGAAAUGUGACCGGUGGACACCCAUUACCCCAAGAAUCUCAAACUCUCACAUUAUCCUUAGUGCGUUUCAACUAUCCGCGGAUUAAUGUAACUAACGCAUCAAACACAGAUAUUCCUAAAAGCCGUUACCAAGAAAAGGACCAGAUAGAUUUAUAUUUAUGACUGAAGAUCAAUCAAUUGCUUAUCUUUUGACAGUACCAAGAUUGUUGCAAACGAUCAAGCAAUGGCGUUAACAAUUUUGUUUUAUCUGGCUCUUCUAGUGUUCUCUCAAGCUAACUCUCUCAAACCACAUGCCACAUGCGACUACUGUGACUAUCGUAUAUCUGAAAGAAACUUAAAACAAGACGAUACAUUACUAGGAAUGUCUUAUAAGGUUGUCAUUCAAAACAAACAACACCACUAUGCUUGUACCGGUGCAAUUCUGAAUGAGACUCAUGUUAUAACAACAGCAACCUGCAUUUUCCCUUGCGGAACUACAUACAGGCCUGAAGAGUUGAGUAUUGCUGACAGUAUAACUGAACCUACAUUCAAACAUAAUGUCGUUCAAAUUAUAAUACACGAGAACUUCACUUAUCAUCCUAUCCUGACCAACGAUAUUGCUUUGCUAAAGGUAACUCCUUCUAUCACGCCCUCUGACACCGUAAAAUUUGCUAAGUUGCCACAAGCCAACGAUGUUGAAGAUUGCGACAUAACUCGUCUCUUUGGAUGGCGUACGCCUUUGAGAGGAAUUGACGUUACAUCUUUCGGAAUAUCAAGUUAUAGAAUCUUCAAUCAAACAUGCUGUAGAAAGUAUUAUAAGUUUGGCUCUUUAAACCUUGAUGUGCUCGACACUUAUCUUUGCGCGUAUUCUUUAGACAGAGAUCUAUUUUACUUUGACUCAAAUCGUAAUAUCUAUCAUGCUGGUGGACUACUAACUAUCAAUGGGACACUCAUUGGAUUGCUGUCCGGAUAUCGCGGUGAAAAUAGAAAUUUACUUGUCAUGUUCGUACGUGUCGCCUCUUACCUUACAUGGAUUAAUCAAUAAGAAAUUGCAACUUAAUCAUUUUAUUACUCUGUCAAUCAAUAUACGUAAUUUGUUCAUCAUUUUGUGUGCAACAUUAUACUUAUAAAAUAUUAAAUUUUUAUUUUGCAUUUAAAUCUACCGCACACCACACGUACAAAACAAAUGUAAAAGCUUACAGUUCGUCUUCCAAAUGAUUAAAAGUUGAUAGUUAACAAGCAGAAAUAUAUAUAAUCAAAGAUUUAGAUUUA